CGCGUCUAGCGAGCCGCGCGGACCAUGGCGUCCGUGUCGCUGCAGGACUUCGUUUGCGCCCUGGACCCUGCCUCCCUCCCGCGUGUGCUGCGCAUCUGCUCGGGAGUCUACUUCCAGGGCUCCGUCUACGAGAUCUCUGGAAAUGAGUGCAGCCUCUCCACGGGGGACCUGAUUAAAGUCACCCAGGUUCGCCUCCAGAAGGUGGUAUGCGAGAAUCCUGGAACGGGCCAGACCAUAGAGCUGGACCCCAACUUCCAGGGCCACUUCAGUCCCCUCACUGGCCCUCAGAGCUAUGGAACCCUGGAGGAGCUGGUCUCUUCUGUAAUGCGGAGCUCCAAGCAGCUGCCCAUUUGGUUCAUGUCAACCCACAGAAUUGACACGAAGGCCAGGGUAGUGCCUCAGGAGCAGCCCCUCAUGCUCGAGGCUGUGGAAAGGCACCCCAAGAACUGCUACGCGCGCUGUGUGCUGGGCACAGGGACCCAGCCAGUCGUUCUGCACCUGCCCCUGUUCCAGAAGGGGCCCUUCUGGGAACUGGAGACUGGUGCCCCUCGGACCAUGCUGCAGGCCCUGCAGGACCCGGCCCUGAGGGACCUCCUCCUCACCUGCCCCACCCUCCCCUGGCGCACGCUGACCUUGAAGCCCCAGUACGAGAUCCAAGCCAUCAUGCACUUGCGCAGGACCAUGGUCAGGAUUCCUUCCACCCUGGAGGUUGACGUGGAGGAUGUCACCGCCUCCUCUCAACAUGUCAGCUUCAUCCAACCGCUGCUGCUGAGUGAAGCCCUGGCCCGGGGGGGGCCAUUCCCCCUGACCAUAGAGAUCCUGGAAGUUCCGGAGGGGCCCCCCAUCUUCCUCAGCCCGUGGAUGGGCUCCUUGCGGAAAGGCCAGAGACUUUGCAUCUAUGGCCUGGCCUUCCCGUCCUGGCGGGUAAUAGCCUCAACCAAGGGCCGGAAGGUGCCCAGAUACUUCAUGGUCUCUGGGGCCUACCAGGGCAAACUGCGACGACGGCCAAGAGAGUUCUCCACGGUCUAUGACAUCCUGAGUGCUCUCCAGCCAGGCCAGCCACUCCGGGUGGUGGCCACCAAGGACUGUGAGGGCGAUGAGGUGGAGCUCCCUGGGUUCGCUUCCCUGGCUGUGGGAGACAGGCUGGAGGUGAUGGGGCCUGGUCAGGCCCAUGGGGCUCAAGGAGGGGACAUAGACAUUUUGGUGUGUCAUCGGCUGAGUGACCAGGCCGAGGAGGAAGAGGAAGAAUGUGAGGAGGAGGCAGAGGGCCGAGAACAGAUCGUGCUGCCCCUCUACCUCUCCGGCGGCUUCGUGGAGGAUAUGAAUGAUGGCCGGCGCUACAGCCUGGCAGAUCUGACUGCCCAGUUCUCAUUGCCCUGUGAGGUCAAGGUGGUGGCCAAAGACGCCAGCCAGCCUGCUGACCCUCUGCCUUCCUUCUCUGGCCUGCGGCUGGAGGAAAAGAUUAUGGAACCCUUCUUGGUGGUCAGCCUGGACUCUGAGCCUGAGAAGUACUUCGAGAUUCCUCCCCGGUGGCUCGACCUGACUGUUGUGGAGGCUGGGGAGCAGCCAAGACAGCCAGCUGGGUCUCCGCCCACAGUCACAGUAGAGGAGCUGACGGAUGCCUUCUAUUAUCGCAUUCGGAAGUUACCGGCAUCCGAGAGCCAAUCCCCUCCACCAAGGCCCCCGAAACGUGAAGGCCUCGGUGGGCAGAAGAAACGGAGCAGCCAGGAGAGAAACAUCAAGGUACCGUCUUUUCAAGUCUCAGAUCUGAUGAAGACGUUGCCAGAGGUCACCAAAACCCGAUCAAAUACAUAUAGCAAGAUUUCUACCUGUAAGAAGGGCCCCAGGCCCACUACGUCACAAGAUUCAGAUGAUGAUGAACACAGUUACGAAGAAGUAGCUGAGUGCUUUCAUAAAACCCUCUAGGCACGGGAGGAACCAUGCUUCCUAACUGCUGCUUCUCAGGGAACCCAAGGUACCAGCUGACCAUUAUAAGCCUUUAGACUUUGGACAAGGUCUCACAAAAAUGAGACUGUGGAUGGAGAAUGGCUUUGUGGGACUGGUUUGAAGUGGGAUAAACACUGCACCAGACUCCCUCAGGUUCUAGGUUCCUGCCACUGAAGGCUGGCCUGUUUGAGCCUAGUUUGCACUUGAUGCCCUUGGACUCGGAGCUUUGGUAUCCAGAAGAGCCAACUGAGUUCUACUCAGUCCUGCAUCGCCAACAUCAACUGUCCCACUGGUCAAUAAGAAAGGAAUCAAAGAAGCCACCAAACUUGGUGACGGCAGCAGUGCCUCCUGCCUUUUAAUACAGAGGGACUCAAUACUGAUCACGAACUGAGAGCCUUUUUUUGUUUGCCACAUCCUUGUCCCCCUUCCUGCUCCACUCUUCCUGCCCCUCCCCUGCCAAGGCUCUAAGCUCCUGAGAGACCAGGGCUGUCUUCCUCAUCUCUGCAGCACUGAGUACAUGACAAUGACCACCCAAGAUUAUUUCACUCCAAAACCAUAAAAUAAAAAUGACAGCCAAGCUUCUGGAAAAAUGACAAGAUAUCACUUAUUGUGUGUGCCAGACUCUUUACAAACCUAUUUAAAUCCUCAACUUUCUUAUGUAGACGAGAGCCUAAUUUUAAAGAUCAGGAAACAAGGAGGCAGAUUAGUCAUAAACCUGGUUAGGAUCCUAGCUUACUACCUGUCAGACAAAGCUAAGUUACCUACCUCACAAGAUUGUUUUAAGAAUCAAAUGAGAGAAUCUUUGUAAAGCAUUUAACACGGUGCCUGGCACAUAAUGAACACUGGAUAACAUGUAUCAUUAUUAUUGACCAAGAUCGAACCUAUACCCUUUGCAAAAAUGAGAUAAUCUUCCAAGGUCAUUCUAAGUCUGUUUAGUGAGGUAAGACCACAGGCCUCAUUAAUGAAUCCUGAGCUGAAGGGGAAAAGCAGUCAAAGCUUCAACAGAGUGCAAGACUUUGGUUUCCUGGCUGAUGCAAAUCUGGAACUAGGUACCAUGGUCAGCAGAACACAGGAGGUAGACAAAAAGAUGAUGAGUCUCUAGCUGAGGUGAGAGCUGAAAGAGGGUCAAAUUUCCAACUCCUGGAUUCUAGGGUACUACACCUGAGUUUGUCAUCCUUUUGCCUGCUAACUCCCCUCUGGGCUGUCUGGACCCACUGCACUUUCCAGGCCUCCUGGCCUCCAUACCCCACACCAUGGAGUUCUCCAGGUGACUACUGAGAGGCUUUUAUAGGCUGCUGGGCCAGUCCUCAGUAUCUAGCAUCCCAUCCACAUCUUCCCACCAGUUCCCCUACCCUCCUCCAGAAAGACAAUCUGUACCGCACAGGAGGACCCUGAGGAAGAGAGUAUUCUGGGACAAGCAAUAAGAGAGACAUAAAGUUCCUCCUUGGCACAGAACCCCUAGGGGCCAAGACCACAUGCAAAAUGCCAAGUUUCACUUUGCAGUUAAUCUUGGUAUCAAAUUGAGCAAGAUCACAAAAGAGGAAAGGGGGCAAAGAUGAGGGCUGCCAGUUCCUACAAAAUGGGAUUUCUGAGUGGCCAAAUGCUGCAAUGAGAAAGGAAGACACUUCACAACAAAGUUGUGGAAAGCUGGGCUUAAAAGGAAAACAUGUUUGAAAAUCACAACUGGGCAUGUCUGAUCAGAGCAAUGAAGGUUGGCAGAGAAUGGACCAAUGGCAGAUACUACCCUCAAAGAGUUUUUGUCUUGUUUACCUCUGGAAUGAUCCACCGGGUGCUGGGGAUGGUGUUCUAAUGGGGAUAGGGAUUCCCUCUGACAGUGAUCUCCAAUGUGGGCACACAUGCCUGGGAGUACAUAACAUGAUCCACUGGAAUACCUGAAAAAGUUAUCAGUACAUUCCUUCAUAAUUAUUUUAAUAUCCUUCACUUAUAUUUUUGAAUGUUUUAUAAUGUGUAACAUGCCAAUACAGUAAGAGAUGUAAAUAACUGCUAAAUAAAUGAAUACAAACUGGAGAUAUACGUUCAAAAAUAUUGUUUAGAAUUUCCCUCAACUGUAUUUUUAAAAACAAAUUAAUUCUCAUCAGACACUAAUUCUUAUUGGCCUUACUUUAAACCCAAUAAAGUAUUAUUUCUCAUGGA